AUGGGCAACAAGAAGCAGAAGACUUCUUUAGCUUCUUCUCCAAAAUCUCUGAAGGAGGGUAAGAGCAUGACGCCUUGUUCACAGAGCAAAGCAAAUCAGGAGAAAUUUGAGAAACCUGAUGAAGAUGAACAAAUUGUGGCGAGAAACGUUGAGACAGCUCCUGUUUCUUCGUCCAAAUCCUCCACUGAUAGCAAAGCAAAUCCGAAAAAGCGAAAGGAGAAAUCUGAGAAACCUGAUGAAGAUGAACAAUUUGUGUCGAGAAAUGAAUUCAAAGAAAUGAAGAAAUCUAUCAAAGAGCUGUCUAAAGCUAUGAAAAAACUACAAGAGAUUCUGCUGUCAAAAACCAAUCUACUAGAGGCUUCAUUGAAGGAGAUAGAAACCCCAAAGAAAAAGGAAGAAGAAACCCCAAAGAAAAAGGAGGAACCGAAAUCUAUUUGCUGUUUCGAUGUCGAAGAGGCUUAUGGAAACAAUAGUCAAACCUUAUUCGUCAAGGGAUUUGAAAACUUGCGACCUAGGGAUGAAAUCAAGAAGGAUUUGACUAACAUUUUUGGUUCUUGUGGAGAGGUCACAAGGGUUUUUGUUCCCAUAGAGUGUAAAAUACGUCUUCCCUUAGGAUUUGCAUUCAUUAAUCUGAAGAAUGGUGAAGGCAAUGACAAGGCGCUAGAACUAAGUGGAACUUACAUGGGAGGAAGGGAGCUUAAUGUGAAGAUGGCUACGGAAAGUGGUCAUUACUAUGGCUUUACUAACUUUGCUGGGUGUGAUCGAUGUCUAGGGCCGCCACGUGAGCCUGAGUCCAUACCUCACUACGGCGAGGGCUGGUUACCACGUGCGAAGAUACCUGAUGCUCUCUUAGACUGGUUUGCUUAA